AUGUCGGGCAUCACCAAUCCACAUCCCAGCCCAAAUGAAGAAUAUGCAGACUAUACAGAAUACCCUCUUCCACCCUCUUCAAACCCUAGUGAUCGCCAAAGCCUCGAGCGUGAGGCCACCGUCGAUGCCGACCAAUACGACCAUUACGACACUCGGCCCGAGCCACCGGCAAACCGUCGCGACCGAUCUCAUCGGGUUCGCUUUCGCUCAAUGAGCAUACGCCGAAGUCAAUCUGCCUCACAUCAUGCGUCACGCCCAUUACUGCCACAACCAGACCUCCGCGAAGUCCCGCUCUCCGGAACCAUCACCCCUCCGGCCCCCACACACUCCCGCCGAGGCUCCGGCCUCGCCAACGUGCGCACCCCCCACGAGGUCAGCGACGACUUUAGCGAGUCAGAGAAACACGAUGUCUUGGGUCAUAUGGACCGUACCACUUCCGCGCGCGAUCGAUUUAGGGCUACCGGUCACCUUUUGCGACAAAAAACAAGCCGCUUAACGGAACGCCUCGGCCGCCCUACGGAUGAGGGCGAACCCCUCAACGCCUCAUUCGUCCCAGACGAUCUCGACAUCCCACUUGAGGAACUGCAGGCACGUCGCGCCCGCCAUGAUGCCGAUCGGGAGCAGGCAUUGGAGCGUGGCGAGACUUUCCACGAGCCACCCCCCAGCGCCGAAGCCCAUCGCCUGGUUCGCAGCAUGACCGUGGUUCAGGACCAGCUUCGGAAGCGGAAACCACAAAGCGCAUACCAGCGGUCCGGCCAGACAACCCCUGAGAACUUGAUCAAGGACUUUACCCAGCGGAGACGAUCCAGUGGACUUAACGGUGGCAGCGGCAUUUUGUCACAGCUGCUAAAGCUCCAGGCAUCUCAGAACGGGAGCUCUUCGCGUCCCGAAAGUGUCAUCACAGAUGACUCGGAUAGUGACACACAGGUAUCUUCCGGUAUCUCCACCCCCAAGAAGGGUUCGUUCUCUCUCCCUGCGUCCGCGACAGUCUCUGGUGCCGCGACACCGCGCAAGGAGAAGAUUAAAUGGUACAAGAAAUCCGCCCAUCGGUCCACCGCGUCGCUCGUCAAUGCUUCCAUGAACCUCAGCACCGCCAGUCUCCCUGCUGCGGCAGAGGUCGCCACGGGUGUGCACAAGAAACACAAAAAGAAGAAGCGCAAGACCCGUCUCGAGGAUGAGAUUCGUGUCACCGUCCAUAUCGCAGAGAUCAUCGCACGCCAGCGGUACAUCAUGCAGCUGUGUCGUGCGCUUAUGCGAUACGGCGCGCCGACCCACCGUCUCGAGGAGUAUAUGCAAAUGACCGCCCGGGUGUUGGAAGUGUCCGGUCAAUUCCUAUAUCUACCCGGUUGUAUGAUCAUGUCCUUUGACGAUCCAACUACACGCACAGCCGAAGUCAAGCUCGUGCGAAUGGUGCAAGGAGUCGAUCUUGGUCGCCUUGCAGAUACACACAACGUUUAUAAGAAUGUCGUUCACGAUCUCAUCGGUGUCGAAGAGGCGACUCAAGAACUGGACGAGAUUAUGCAGCGCAAGCCUCGAGUCAAUAAAUGGGUCUUAGUCCUGGUGUACGGUCUUGCUAGUGCGACCGUCGGUCCCUUCGCCUUCAUGGCGCGUCCGAUCGAUAUGCCCAUCAUUUUCUGUCUCGGCUGCAUUGUCGGGCUGAUGCAGCACGUUAUCGCCCCACGCUCUACCCUCUACUCCAACGUCUUCGAGGUCACGGCUGCUGUCCUGACAUCCUUCCUCGCCCGCGCAUUCGGUAGUAUCAUGGUUACCCGCGACGGCAAAUCCGAACCACUUUUCUGCUUCUCCGCCAUGGCGCAGUCCUCGAUUGCUCUCAUUCUUCCCGGUUUCAUGGUCCUUUGCAGUAGUCUAGAGCUACAAUCUCAUCAAAUAAUCGCCGGUUCAAUCCGCAUGGUGUAUGCCAUCAUCUACUCCCUCUUCCUGGGCUACGGCAUCACAGUGGGGACCACGAUCUAUGGAUUGAUGGAUGGCAACGCGACAUCCGCAUCCACAUGUUCAGGCAUGGACGUCUGGGGAUCGAUUUACGCACGCACAUUCCCCUUCGUUGCCAUCUACGCUAUCUUCCUCGCCCUCGUGAACCACGGAAAAUGGAAACAAAUGCCCGUCAUGGUAGUCAUCGCUUUAUCCGGAUACGUCGCCAACUACUGGAGCACCACCAAGCUCGGCCCCAAUUCAGAAGUCGCCAAUACCGUCGGCGCAUUCACGAUCGGUGUCCUAGGCAAUCUCUACAGUCGUCUCUGGCACGGCCAUGCCGCCACAGCUAUUCUUCCCGGUAUAUUUGUGCUAGUUCCAUCAGGCCUUGCUUCUAGUGGUUCUUUGAUUGCUGGUAUCAGAUACGCCGACGAAGUCCGGCAGAACCUCGAUAAUAACGGGACUACUGCGGCCUACAGUGCUGGUUCUGAAACUUCAGUCGCCAGUCUUGGUUUCGGCAUGAUCCAGGUCGCGAUUGGUAUCACUGUCGGACUGUUUAUCGCGGCUUUGGUUGUCUAUCCGUACGGCAAGAAGCGCACUGGUCUGUUCAGCUUCUAG